AGCAUAAGGAUGAGUAUCAAAUAUUGAUUUAACGCCGUCUUUUCGAAUCAAAAUCUUUUCUUGGCUUCUUAUUGUGAAUACCGAAAAAGACAAAAGCCACAGAGGCCUGAGCAGAAACAGGAAGUACCUCGAUCUGUGUAAUUAUGAAGACAGUCAGCUAACGUAUUUGAAACAUAACCAUUGGAAACGAAGCAGUGAUAAUUUUCCUUGUUACUGAGAUCAAUACUUUGGAACAAUCUAAAACGAACACGACCGAAAUGGCUUGGGUGGUAGCGAUGCUGUUAUACGUCUUCUUCUUUGACCAAGGUGGUGGCGAAAUUCCUGCUCCAACUGACGUGAACAUUGAAUGCCACAACUUCAGAAAUAUUCUGUUUUGGAAUUACUCUAAUCCAUCCCUCCACCCAACAUUCACAGUUGAAAUCAGGAGCUAUUCCAGUGCUGCCAUUGAAUAUAUAAACACAACUUCGUAUCAGCUUGAUGUGACUGAAAAAACUAAGUCUAUUGAAGACUCGUUUGAGUUGACUUUGAAGACAAUCAUUGGAUCAGAAGAGUAUGAAAGUAGUCCUAUAACUUUCAGCUAUAACCGGGACUUUAAAAGCAAACAUGAGUGCAUUUUGGACUUCCCACCUUUAAAUAUUUCUCUCACAUCAGGAGAAUUGUAUAUUUCGUUUCCACAUCCUCUUUACAUCUACAACGAGUUCCUGGAUGAUAAGAAUGAUGAAGACCUGGAAUUUUUUUACAAGAUUACUGAACAAUCAACGUCCACCUUCACAGUCAUAUUUGAAAGUAAUUGUUCAGUGGAGAAUGACGUAUGCAGUGAGCAGAUAGUCCUUGAAGAAUUCAAGGCUGAAGACUGCUUCGAAUUCCUUAUUGAGGGUGUGAUCAGCAACGUUUUGACUUCCACAAAAGAAACGGCCUGCAACAAACGCAGCAUACCUCCACCUACCCUAAAUGUGCCCUCUGUCAUUGCUGUUACAUUGACUGUUAUCGCCAUCAUGUUGCUUGGGGUACUUGGCUUCCUCUUGUGGUGCAAGAAAUGGAUAAAACGUAUUCCAUUACCCAAAGUUAUAGCCAGUUUGAUGACCACUCAAAACCAGCCAAGUAUGCCACAGGAGCCAAAGAAAAUGAGUGAAGACUACCCAGGUUAUCAGCCGAUCUCAUCAAAAGAUGAGAGCUCAACUUCCAUUGCGGAGGUCACUGAAGUUAAGCCCAUCCCAAAAGAGCCCCAGGACGGGUCUGGCUUCUCGGAGUCAGGAGGCACAGUGGAGGACUCAGACCAAAGCGAGGAUUAUGGACCCUCCAAUGGGAAGUCCUCUGACUACGACUGUCCCCAUGUGCCAUGUGAGUUGAGCCCAGGGGAUGUGGUGAAAGGUUACCAAUAAACAAAAUUAACGACAUGAAUGAAGCCUAAAUUGUGGCUUAAAUAAAGCCACAGUAAUGGCUGACCUCACAUUUACAAACGUCCACGGAUGCUGCAUCAAGCUGUGCCAAGAAUUUCCAGAUCGAUGCUCCGUUGGAGCUGUUCUAUAAUAUAGUGUUACAAAUGCACAGAAUGGCUUAUAAAUAAUGUGUACCCAGCAACCAACGCCUACACAUUUCAUUUAAGCAAAUAUGUUAAAUGUCCUUCAAUUUCAAAUACUUAAUCAGCAUUACUGAGCAAGCAGAAACAUUUCUGGUGCGCCUUUGUGUGCAUCCAUUACUGAUAGUUAUUGUAUCCUUCUGAUUCAUAUGUAAUUUUUAAAAUCUGUACAAGAAAGCCGUUUGUUUGUUGCGUGAUUGUAAUGGCUACUUUUGCUUCAGUAUGUAAUGGUGCAUACGACCACAAAUGCCAUUUCUCUUUGCUCACUGUAAGUUAAAAAAACAGAUCUUGUAGGAACUUGUAGGUUCAAUCACACCUUUUGCAUACCUUUUGCAGAUGUGUUUUUUUUUUUUUGUUGAGAUGGACAUCUCAACAAAAAAAACUUCAAACAUAUGUUACAGCCACAUUUGCACAUUUAUGGUCUAGCUAUGAGUGUAUUUUGCUAUUUUUUUAUGUUGCUGUUUGGUUGGACAUGCUUUUGCACUUAUUUUUUUACCUUGUUAGGAAAUGUCAGCAUUUGUUUGUUUGUUUGUUUGUUUGUUUGUUUUAUAAAUAAUACAACAAAGUGUCAGUGAUAUAUAUUCUAUGUUGUGGACACAAACAGACAUAAAUAUUGAUUAAUUACCAGCUGAUUUUGAAUAAAGUUUUAAUUAAAA